UUCCGAUUGGAAUGCAACCGCAUCUGCCUGCAGCAGUCAGUCGUGUUUCGGUCGGAGUUGGACGUAGCGGUAGCAGAAUCAAGCAGAAGUCGACGUGUCACGUCUCAAUUGUACCUUAGCACCUCACGUUGGCUGCGAGAAUUGUACGGCAUCAGGAUAUUUUGGAGAGUACAAACUUAUUCAUUCAUCCGCUCUUGCUAUAGCAUAAUAAACGAUGACGUCAUCAGGAGAGGUUUUUAUUGUCUCAGCCGCCAGGACACCGAUUGGCAACUUCCUUGGCGCCAUAUCAUCGCUCAGCGCAGCUGAGCUGGGCGGCGUUGUAGUGAAAGAGGUCAUCGCACGGGCAAACGUUCCAGCAGCCGACGUUGAUGAAGUUAUUCUUGGUCAAUCGCUGACAGCCGGUCAGGGUCAAAAUCCGGCCCGGCAGGCUUCUCUCGCAGCCGGUGUACCGAAAGAAGUCCCCGCCUUCCUGAUUAACAUGUUGUGCGGUUCGGGGCUGAAAACAGUCUCACUGGGCUACCAGGCGAUCCGAUCCGGAGACGCCAGCAUAGUAGUCGCCGGUGGCCAAGAGAGCAUGUCGAAGGCACCGCAUGCAUUGCAUCUGCGCGGGGGUACCAAAAUGGGUGAGGCAAAAAUGACCGACACCAUGCUGAGCGAUGGAUUGACGGAUUUUUUCCACGACAUCCACAUGGGAGUGACCGCCGAGAAUGUUGCCAAGGAAUGUGGCAUCACUAGAGAACAGCAAGAUGCAUCUGCUGUCGAAAGCCAAAGGCGGGCUGCCGAGGCCACACAGAAGGGAUACUUCAAAGAUGAGAUUGUUGCCGUUCAGGUUCCUGGAAGAAAGGAAACGGUCACUUUCGAUAAGGACGAGUUUCCCAAACCGGGAACUACGCUGGAAGGCCUAGCCAAGCUGAAGCCUUGCUUUAUCAAAGACGGUACUGUUACACCAGGAAACGCCUCCGGCGUAAAUGACUCUGCUGCAGCUGUGCUGCUCAUGUCUGGCGAGGAGGUGAAGAAACGUGGAGCUAAACCAUUAGCGAAAGUUGUUGCGUUUGCUCAGACAGGUAUAUGUCCGAAGACGAUGGGCGCGGCACCGAUCAGUGCGGUACAAAAAGUGUUGUCGAAAGCCGGAUGGAAGGUAGGAGACGUUGAUCUUUUUGAAUUGAAUGAGGCUUUUGCUGCCCAAGCGAUAGCGGUCAACAAUGGUCUAGGAGUUGAUCCGAAAAAAGUCAACAUUAAUGGUGGAGCUAUCGCUCUGGGCCAUCCGAUCGGGGCAUCAGGAUGUCGCGUUUUGGUUACCUUGUUGUAUGCUCUAAAGAGGACCGGUGGAAAGAAAGGCGUGGCUUCGCUCUGCAUCGGUGGUGGAAUGGGCGUAGCUUUGGCCGUUGAAAUGGUUUAGUAUUGGUUUCAUGUAUUCGCUAGUAUGGUAUUGAAAGUGUGUAGUAUGCAUAACCAUAUCGUUGGCCAGUACUUAUGAUUAACCCCCUACUUACGAUGAAUCAAAGUAACAUACAAAGUAUUUUACCAUUUAUGCGUGGUGUUCCACAAUAGUAUUUUCGAAGUAUUUCUGUGGUGGAACAAAUGACAAUAAAGUAAACUUUGUACUUAAAAUCAUACAAUAUUCUGAAGAAUAAAAUUUUUCUACGAAUUAU